CUGUAAGUCUUAAGAUGGCAAUCUUUAGCGGAUUUUUAGUUAAAGAUUGGGCGAAAAACAUAGUAUUAUUGAUUAGAGAUCCGGAAAAAUCUUGUGGAUGUAAUGAACACACAUGGUUCAAGCAGAAUUUACCCACAGGUGGUAAGAGAGACUCAGUCUCACUGCUACUUUUUCGCCAUCUCCGAUUUCUCAAUUUGCUGUUUUAGGCUGAAAUCACUCUCUGCCAAGGAACUACCUCACUUCUAUCCACUUGGGUCCCUUUCGCUAUCCCUUUCUUUGAUGAGCAGAUCCUCCUUUAUAUCUACAAUUUCAUGGUAAUUUACUACCCUUUUUCUCUUUCUGAAUCUAUCAUCUUUCUCUCCCCUUCUAUCUCUCUCCCUCUCUCCACCACAUUAAGAUUUUUGUAGUUGAUCAUCUUUUUCUUUUCACUUGUUGUUAGAUUACAUGUUAUGUUUGUUGGGUGUGGAUCUUGAUUGAUUGAUUGAUCAAUCGAUUUGUUCUUUAGUUAGCCCUUUCCCCAAUUUUAUCAUGCCUGCCAAGUGUUUGCAUCUAUGCUUUCAAGAACUCACUUCUCCCAGGGCUUGAUGUUUUGUCUACUCAUACAACUGUGUUUGUGAGUUUUCUCAAAUUCAAACAACUGCUUUUAAAGAACAACAAUGUGCUCAUUUUAAUACAAGAUUGAAAGAUUCAAGAAACAAGAAUAUGAAAGGUAACAACAAAGAUGAAGAGAAAACAACGGGUCCUCUAUUUCCAAGGCUUCAUAUCAAUGAUACUGACAAAGGAGGGCCAAGGGCUCCUCCUAGGAACAAGAUGGCUCUUUAUGAACAGCUGAGUAUCCCUUCUCACAGAUUUAAUAGUGGAUCAGCAUCCAUAAUCACUCGUCCACCCAAUAAAGUUGGAAAUUUUCUCCCUUCAACAACACCGACCCAUGCUAUUUCAAACAAAAGGACAUCAUCUUCCAUUUCUGGUAAGCCACAACCUGGAUCAUCAUCCCAUAUGGGAGAGAGACUCCAUAUGUAUUCUUCAACUGAGGAUAAACCGUCCAAAAAUCUGGAUGGAAGAUCUCAAUUUUCAGUUUAUCAAUCUUCUAGUGCAACAAUGAAACCCAAAAGUUAUUUUCUCCAUCCUCAUAAUAUCCCCAUGCCUAUGAGAGAUCAUGAUGAUUAUAGAGUCAGACAUAUGAAGAUGGUUGGACACAAGUUAAGAGAGUCUCCGAGAGAUUCUCCCCAGAAUAACAAGAAAGGUGAUGCAGCAUCCAUAUUAAAUAGAAGUCGGAUAUUAGAGAAUUUAUCUUCUGAUUCAGUGAGGGAAGAAUCGCCGCCACCAUUGGAUCCCCUGACUCAGGCAUGUGAAGGUAGUGUACUGGCAGUUGAAAGCAACAGUGAUUUGAUUAAAACACCGAUUAUCCAACCUGAAACUUCAGUAGAAUCGAGAGAGAAGACGGAGAGAAUUCCUUCUGUAGAAAACAAAGCAUGCAAAAGUCCUAAUGGGCUGGCAAACGAUAGCCAGGUCAGUGAAGAACAGUUCAGGUUUAUUCAAUCAGAUGAGAGAGGAGAAAUUACUUCUGCAUUGGAGAAUCCGGGGGUGGAGCCUCAAUUUGGUGACAAGAUUAAUUGUCCAGAUUCUGCUGCAGGACUUCUUGGACAUGAACUGUUUUGGAAAGCUAGAAGAGCAAUUGUCCAUCAGCAGAGAAUUUUCACUUUUCAACUCUUUGAACUCCAUAGAAUAAUGAAGGUGCAGAAGUUAAUCGCUGCCUCACCAGACUUAUUAUUAUUCGGCAAUAAACUCAACUCAACCAUACCCUUGAUCCCCAAAACCGACAUCCAAAAGCCAAAUCCCAUCUCAGCCCCCACACCAAUGCCUAUAGGAAUUGACGGAAAAACACCACCUUUCUAUUUUCAUCAGCCUCCAGGAAACCAAUGGUUAGUCCCCGUUAUGUCCCCUUCUGAAGGACUCAUUUACAAACCGAUUUCUGGAGCUCCUCAGACAGGUUUUAUGGCACCCAUCUAUAGCAGUAACGAUCUCUUGUCGUCAACACCUUAUGGAAUCCCACCAAUUGGUCAAAACACAUAUUUCCCUCCAUUCGGGGUGAUGCCUGUUUUAAGUCCAUCUGUUUCAAGUUCUGCAGUUGAACAAGUCAGUCCAUUACCAAAACUCCAAUCAAACGGGCCUGAAGAUUCUCUACCCAAUAUUUCUCAAAAGAACUCAUGUAACAUCUCGAAUCAGAAAACAAGAUCAAUUUCGACGUAUAUCCAUAAAGAUAGUACUGACUUGCAGCAUAGCACUGCUAGUAGUCCUCCCAGCAGGGUACCAUUUGAUGCACUUCCAUUGUUCCCUACAACGCCUACGUCAGUUUCAGAGCAGGGGAAUUCUGAGCAGAGGACGCAAGUGAUCAAGGUUAUACCUCAUAAUCCUAAAUCAGCAUCGGAAUCAGUUUCUCGUAUUUUCAAGUAUAUACAAGAAGAGAGGAUGAAAUAUGAUUAAAGUUUACGGAUUUCUGGAAGGAAACUAAUCCAUCCAUCCAUCGGACGAGGUAACUAACUCUUGAAUGGUGCCUUUGUUUUUCUUUGAUGUGUAUCUUUAGUAGUAUUUUUGCUUAUUCCUGAUUUGGACAUAUGACUCUGUACAUAUAUACAAGAGCAAUCUUUCUUUGUAUAUUUCAUGGUAAUUAGCUGA